GCAGGUGGUUAGCGGUGACAGACGGCAGAUUCGAAGUCGGAACUACGGUGGCCAAGAACUUUUUCUGUGCUGUCACUGAAUAACAUCAGAUUCAUCUGAGCUUCAACCAUCGACAGUCUUGUUCCAGAGGUUGAGAAUGCCCCCAAGAUGUCCUACUCCUCAAGGGACAUUGACACCUUUCUUGUAUCCUUUCUUCUUCUCUCAAACAACUAAAGCCUCCUUUCGACCACUUCUUUCUGCUAUUCGCAAACAGAACAAUAGCACGCACAUCGAACCUCUGCCAGAAUCCCACCUCAACCCUCCUCCGAGCGACUAUGGUCGAACUAUUUUCAGCGAUCGAGCAACUGUAACUCUUGUUGCAGGCUCAGGAGGACAUGGCUGUAUCUCCUUCCUCCGCGAAAAAUACAUAUCUGCUGGCCCUGCCAAUGGAGGAGAUGGUGGCAGCGGAGGUAACGUCUAUAUCCAAGCAGUGCGCGGCGAGACUUCGCUGCACAAGCUCGCUCGGCGAAAUAUACUGAAAGCUGGACGAGGGAAAAAUGGAAAGGGCAAAACGAAGGGAGGAGAGCGUGGAGAUGAUAUUGUUGUUCAGGUUCCUGUCGGUACUGUGGUGCGCGAAAUUUCACGAGUGGACCCCGUCGCGGACGAAGAAGCAAGGAGAAGAGUCGAGGGUGGGAAGGAGGAUGCGGUGGAAGGUGCAGAUGGAAAGGGGCCGUGGAAAUGGGAUCGGGAAAAGUGGUUAUUGUAUCCUGCUGUCACGCCAGAGGAUAUUGCUACCGCAGAUUUUCCAAAGCUUCCCAGAGGAAGAAGAUCACCAUUGGCUAUGGCGCAGGUAAAAGGACCAGUUGCUCUAGAUCUCAGUCGACCAAUGGACAGACCUCUUUUGUUGGCAGCCGGAGCUGUUGGAGGGCUCGGAAAUCCACAUUUCGUGUCAAAGACAGUGCCUCGACCAAAAUAUGCUACGAAAGGAGAGGAAGCUGUGCGAAUUACAUUAGAAUUGGAAUUGAAGCUCCUGGCAGAUGUUGGACUUGUGGGAUUGCCAAAUGCUGGGAAGAGUACUUUAUUAAGAGCUAUGAGCAACAGCCGAGCAAGGGUUGGAAACUGGGCCUUCACAACGUUACAGCCGAACAUCGGGACGGUAGUCUUGGACAACAACAAAGGACGGCCUUUGUCACAAGCUUCUCUUGAGAAUGGAGAGCCAAGAACGAAUUUCACAAUCGCCGAUAUCCCUGGUUUGGUUGAGGAUGCCCAUUUGGAUCGGGGUUUGGGGAUCAGUUUCCUACGACAUGUUGAACGGGCCAGAGUAUUGGCAUUUGUGGUAGAUUUAGGGAAAGGCGACGCGAUCAGCGCUCUCAAAGGGCUUUGGAAAGAAGUCAGCGAGUAUGAGCGAAUGAAAAUCGAGGAAGAGAAAGAGCUUAUUGAACCCAUUGUUCACUGGAGCCCUUUCACAUCCGUCGAAGACGCACUUACCAACCGCCAAGAGACGAUUAUCAUCAACUCAGGCCCCACUGUUGAGAAUCCUUUGGCACCAGAACUCCCCAGCAUUGCAGACAAACCAUGGUUCGUCGUCGCUACGAAGGCAGAUCUUCCUGAUACUCAGGAGAACUAUCAAAAUUUGAAGCAGUAUCUAGAGAGGGUGAAUGCUGGCGACGAGCCACAUCCAAAUGGGCAGACGAAUGUGUGGCCGAAGAGAGUUGAGGUUAUUCCUGUUAGUGCUAUCAAUGGACAUGGGGUGGAGAAGAUUACGGAAUGGAUUGUGGGGUUGUUGGACGCGUGAUCCAUGAGUUGUGACACAAUUCGUAUCUAUUGUAACUGUACUUUGAGUGAUACGUACGAUAAUAAUAUGGUUGUACGUAUAAUAUCAAGACUAGUAUUAUUGAAUCUCACUGGAAAUAUACAAAUAC